UCCAGGGGCUGCUGAGGCACUGCACGGAUGUAAUAACUGCUGCAGGUGUGGGGUUACCCUCUGCUUUUUGAGAGAUGAUGCUCCGACGAGGAUUUCUUGUAUUUCUUCCCCGGCUCGCAGGUCUGCUCGUGGUGGCCUGUUGCUCCGUGUCCAUUGUUUAUAUGUUGGCUUGCACACCCAAGGGGGAUGACGAGCAGCUCGCCUUGCCUCGGGCCCACAGCCCGACCAGCAAGGAGGGUUACGAAGCUGUUCUGCAGGAACGAGAAGAGCAGCACCGUGACUACAUCAUCAGCUUGAAGAAACAAAUUGCCCAGCUGAAGGCUGAGCUCCAAGGCAGAAAUGAGCAGCUCAAGAACGUACAGGAGCAGUUGCCGGACUCUUUGGCUGUUCAUAUUGACCACAGCAAUCCAGCAAAAGUCCAGGCUGAUCUGCUGUCUUUCCUCCGUUCCCAAAUAGCCAAAGCGGAGGUGCACAGCGGCUUUAAGCUGUCCACCGAGUACGCGGUCGUGCCCUUUGAGAGCUUUACCCUGCAGAAGGUGUACCAGCUGGAAAUGGGGCUCACACGCCACCCAGAAGAGAAGCCUGUCAGGAGGGACAGGCGCGAUGAGCUGACAGAGGUGAUCGAGUUGGCUCUUGGCAGCCUGAACCACCCGGAGGCGGAUGGCAACGCAAGGCAGCGGGUGUUCACAGCCUCUGACUUCGUCGAAGGGAUCUAUCGCACAGAAAAGGACAAGGGCACGUUGUACGAGCUGACUUUCAAAGGAGAUGCAAAGCACCAGUUCAAGAAGAUCGUCUUAUUCCGGCCGUUUGGUCCCGUAAUGAAAGUGAAAAAUGAAAAUGUCAAUAUGGCUGACACGCUUAUUAAUAUCAUUGUCCCCUUGGCCAAGAGAGCCAGCAAAUUUCGACAAUUCAUGCAGAAUUUCAGUAUAGAGACAGCCUUCACAGAACAAAUGAAUGAAGUCAAAUCAAUACUUGAAAACACCUCCAAAUCAGCCAACUUCAAGAACUUCACCUUCAUCCAGCUAAAUGAAGAAUUUUCAAGAGGAAAAGGAUUAGACGUUGGUGCUCGAGUCUGGAAAGGAAACAACGUUGUUCUCUUUUUUUGUGAUGUGGACAUAUACUUCACAGCUGAAUUCCUGAACUCCUGUAGAUUGAACACACAGCCAGGCAAGAAAGUGUUUUAUCCUGUUCUCUUCAGCCAGUAUAACCCCAGUAUAAUUUAUGGCCACCACGAUUCCAUCCCACCCUUAGAACAGCAGCUGAUUAUUAAAAAAGAAACUGGAUUUUGGAGAGACUUCGGGUUUGGGAUGACCUGCCAGUACAGAUCUGAUUUUAUCAACAUUGGUGGCUUUGAUCUGGACAUUAAAGGCUGGGGUGGAGAAGAUGUGCACCUGUACCGCAAAUACCUCCACAGCAACCUCAUCGUGGUCAGAACACCUGUCAGGAGUCUCUUCCACCUCUGGCAUGAGAAGCGAUGUCCGGAUGAGCUGACCCCAGAGCAGUACAAAAUGUGCAUGCAGUCCAAGGCCAUGAACGAGGCUUCUCAUGGCCAGCUGGGAAUGCUGGUUUUCAGGCAAGAGAUUGAGACCCACCUCCACAGGCAGAAGCUGAGCAGUAAAAAGACAUGAAGCCCGAAAGACAGACAAAAAGCCUCCAAACGGACUUCAGGGCGUUGUGGAAAAGAACUGCUACCAAGAAUAAGACUG